ACCGCCCCCCUCUCCGUCCGAGACCCGGCCCCGGCCCUCCCCGGCGGCAUGGACGGGCCGCGCUCUUGACGGCCGCGCCGCCGCCUCGUCUCCGGCCCCUCCUCCCGGCUCCUCCCGCCCGCCCCCGCUCGCAUGUCCGCGCCGCCUUAGCUGAGGAUGCUGAGGAUGAAGCUGCCGCUGAAGCCGACGCACCCCGCGGAGCCGCCGCCCCAAGUGGAGGAGCCCGAGGCAGACUCGCGGUCGGGCGCAAAGGCCCCGCCGCGCCGCCGCCGCGACUGCCGCCCACCGCCGCCGCCGCCCGCAGGCCCGCAACGGGGCCCCCAACCGCCGCCGCCGCCGCCGCCCUCCCGGGGACUCGGACCGCCUGUUGCUGGCGGAGCGGCGGUGGGGGCGGGCAUGCCGGGCGGCGGCGGUGGCGGCGGCGGGCCCGCGGCGGCGCUACGCGAGCAGGAGCGAGUGUACGAGUGGUUCGGGCUGGUGCUGGGCUCGGCGCAGCGCUUGGAGUUCAUGUGCGGGCUGCUAGACCUGUGCAACCCGCUGGAGCUGCGUUUCCUGGGUUCGUGCCUGGAGGACCUUGCGCGCAAGGACUACCACUACCUGCGCGACUCGGAGGCCAAGGCCAACGGCCUCUCGGACCCAGGGCCGCUGGCCGACUUCCGGGAGCCCGCCGUGCGCUCGCGCCUCAUCGUCUACCUGGCACUGCUGGGCUCAGAGAACCGUGAGGCCGCCGGCCGCCUGCACCGCCUCCUACCCCAGGUGGACUCGGUGCUCAAGAGCCUGCGCGCGGUCCGGGGCGAGGGCUCGCGGGGCGGCACGGAGGACGAGAACGGCGACGGCGGGGACGACGCCGAGAAGGACGGCUCCAGCCCGGAAGGCAGUGGCGCCGAGCCCCGGCCCGGCGGUGGGCUGGGCUUCAGGGCCCGAGAGGAGCUGCUGUUGCUCUUCACCAUGGCCUCGCUGCACCCGGCGUUCUCCUUCCACCAGCGGGUCACCCUGAGGGAGCACCUGGAGAGGCUCCGCACCGCGCUCCGCGGGGGCCUCGAGGACGCGGAGGUGGAGGUGGAGCCUUGCAACUUUGCCGGCCCCAGGGCUCAGAAUGACUCUGCUCACAGUGAUUACAUGCAAAGUAACGAGGCCACUUUAAUAGAACAAGCUCCAGCACCUCAUGACGGACUUACUGUGGCACCUCAUAGAACCCAGCGAGAAGCUGUGCACAUUGAGAAGAUAAUGUUGAAAGGAGUCCAGAGAAAAAGGGCUGACAAAUAUUGGGAGUACACCUUCAAAGUAAAUUGGUCUGAUCUUUCAGUCACAACAGUAACAAAAACCCACCAAGAACUACAGGAAUUUCUACUGAAGCUCCCAAAGGAAUUAUCAUCAGAGACUUUUGACAAGACCAUCUUAAGGGCCCUGAAUCAGGGCUCACUGAAAAGGGAAGAACGGCGACAUCCUGAUCUUGAGCCCAUCCUAAGGCAGCUAUUUUCAACUUCAUCCCAAGCUUUUCUGCAGAGUAAGAAAGUACACAGCUUUUUUCGGGCCAUGUCGUCAGACCCUCUACAUGCCCUUAAUAACUCACAAUCCUCUCUGAAGACUUGUAAGAUACUAGAACACUUAAAAGAAGACAGCUCAGAAGCUUCAAGUCAAGAAGAAGAUGUGUUACAGCAUACAGUAAUCCACAAGAAACAUACCGGGAAAAGUCCCAUUGUGAACACUCUUAGCACCAGUUGUUCUCCGUUGGAUGGGCUCACCAUGCAGUAUUCUGAGCAGAAUGGAAGCGUGGAUUGGAGAAAGCAAAGCUGCGCUGCUGCCCGGCCCCCGGAGCACUGUGGAGCCUUAGCUGGCCAGCAUUCAAGUGAAAAGCGAAGCUUAUCUUCAAUAAAUAAGAAGAAAGGAAAGCCGCAAAUAGAAAAGGAGAAAAUUAAGAAAACUGAAAACAGAUUGAAUAGUAGAAUAAAUGGUAUCAGACUCUCCACUCCUCAGCAUGUCCAUGGUGGUUCUGUAAAAGAUGUGAAUUUGGACAUUGGAUCUGGACAUGACACAUGUGGAGAAACAUCUUCAGAGAGUUACAGUUCACCAUCUAGCCCACAACAUGAUGGAAGAGAAAGUUUUGAAAGUGAAGAAGAAAAAGACAGAGACACAGACAGCAAUUCUGAGGACUCUGGGAAUCCAUCAACAAUGAGGUUUACAGGUUAUGACCCUGUCAACCAGACUGUCACUGUCAAGCCACCUGUGCAGAUUGCUCCCUUAGGAAAUGACAAUGGAGGCCUUUUGGAAGAUCCCUUAAACUCGCCCAAAUAUCAGCAUAUUUCUUUUAUGCCAACUUUACACUGUGUCAUGCACAAUGGUGCCCAGAAGUCAGAAGUCGUCAUUCCUCCACCCAAAUCUACUGAUGGCAAAACAAUAGGGAUGCUUGUUCCUAGUCCUGUUGCUAUUUCUGCAAUAAGGGAGUCCACAAAUUCAACCCCUGUUGGGAUGCUAGGGCCAACAGCUUCUGCUGGCGAAGCGGAAAAACACCUUGAGUUACUGGCUUCCCCUUUACCUAUUCCAUCGACGUUCCUCCCACACAGUGGUACUCCUGCUUUGCACCUAACAAUUCAGAGGCUAAAAUUGCCGUCGCCACAGGGAUCUUCUGAGAGUUGCACAGGUAACAUCCCACAGCAGCCAACCGGGAGUCUGAGUAUCGGAUCACCAAACACUGCCUUUAUUCCUGUUCAUAACCCAGGUAGUUUUCCCGGAUCUCCUGUUGCUACCACGGACCCCAUCACAAAAUCUGCAUCCCCAGUGGUAGGACUAAAUCAAAUGGUGCCUCAAAUGGAGGGAAACACAGGGACAGUCCCUCAGCCCACCAGUGUGAAGGUAGUUCUUCCAGCAGCUGGCCUGUCAGUUGCCCAGCCACCAGCUCCCUACUCCUUACCAGGCUCCCCUCUGGCCGCUGGUGUGCUACCCAGCCAGAGUUCCAGUGCGCUGAGCACAGCAGCAGCCUCCUCCCCACCUGCGGGGGCAGCCUCCAGUCAGGCCCAGUCUCCUGCUCCUCCCGCAGUCCCUACGCACACCCCGGGCCCCGCCCCGAGCGCAAGCCCUGCUCUGACACACAGCACCGCGCAGAGCGACAGCACAGCUUACAUCAGUGCUGUAGGGAACACAAACGCCAAUGGGACGAUGCUGCCACCGCAGCAGAUGGCCUCAGGCCCUUGUGGUUCUUGUGGGCGAAGGUGCAGCUGUGGGACCAAUGGGAACCUUCAGCUAAACAGUUACUAUUACCCUAAUCCCAUGCCCGGACCGAUGUACCGGGUCCCGUCGUUCUUUACUCUGCCAUCCAUCUGCAAUGGCAGCUACCUCAACCAAGCACAUCAGAGCAACGGAAACCAACUUCCUUUUUUUCUGCCUCAGACUCCAUAUGCAAAUGGACUGGUGCAUGACCCAGUCAUGGGGAGCCAAGCCAGUUAUGGCAUGCAACAGAUGGCAGGGUUUGGGAGAUACUAUCCUGUAUAUCCAGCGCCUAGUGUAGUUGCCAACACGAGUGGUUCGGGGCCCAAGAAGAAUGGGAAUGUUUCAUGUUACAACUGUGGUGUAAGCGGCCACUACGCGCAGGAGUGUAAGCAGUCGUCCAUGGAGGCCAGUCAACAAGGCACUUACAGACUGAGAUACGCACCUCCCCUCCCCCCUUCUAAUGAUACGUUGGACUCUGCAGACUGAAACGAGUAAAGCUUGCCUACUUAACACACUGAAGUGGGGAGUCAUGGUGGGGUGUGGAGGGGAGGAAAGGAAAGGUAUUUUGUUUGUGUUUCUUUCUCUAUAAAUUUCCUAGAUUUCUAUGCAGUUGGGGUUUUUCAUUUUCCUUGUACCAAUGUCCAAAACAAAAAAGAAUGCAUUGCUUUUGAGCCUCUGGUCUCCCGGGUCAGCAACAGGCUUAUCUGUGUGAUACAUGUAAUUUAAACAUCCAAACUAUCAAAAGGAAAAAGUUGAUGCUGGGCUUUUUGUUUUUUUUACACUGAAUACUUCAUGUGUGCAAUGUUUACUGAAUCUUUAAAACUGUGUAUUGACCAUUUUAAAACACUGGUGAUAGUCUUAUAGUUUUGGAAAAAAGAAACUUUGCUUCUUCCCCAGCUUCUCUCACUUUUGCCCAAACAGCACUUUUCUCUGGCAGCCUGUGCAGGAGUGGCACGUCCAGUGCGUUUGCCUCACUUCUGUGAACUGCUCUGCAUAUAAAUCAAGGGUAAAGUGUUUCACCUGAAUCUUAAGGGAGAAAUCAAAUUCCCCAAAUAGUGUGUAUAUGUAAUAAGCCGCAUCCCAUAACAACAUAUAUGCAGCACUUGUCCAGAUAAAAAUUAAAAUAAAUGGAGAGGAGAGAGAGGAAGAAGUAACACCAUAUGAAACUGAAAAAACAUGAUAUAUGAAGUGGACAAAGAACUCUUUCUUAAAAAAAAAAAAAAAAACUUUUAACUUUAUCAUACUUUUUUAGCCUGUUGCUUCAGAGAGACAUAAAGUGAACAAUAGUGUGAAUGCUGUUGUGUAUGUGUUUGUUUGUAAUGAAAGCCGACAGCCAAUUUUACUUGUAGUCUACCACUGUGUCACGUGAAAGGAGACACUACUUGAGUAAAGGUUUCUUCUUUUCUUACACCAACUGUAACAGUGUUACAUUGUGUUUAAAAUGUGUAUGGUUAUUGCCAUCUGGACAGAAGCUCUGCAUUUCUACAAAAGUCAGGUAUUUGCUCCCUAACCUGUCUCUCGUAGCAAGUCACUUUUUAUAACAGUUUACCACUAUGCUUGAUUAUAAUGUGAAAGACUAAAUUCUGUGUUUAAGAUGGUAUUAAAUCAUGUCAGUGUCAUGUCACUAAGUUUAAUGCUGCUGUUUAAAAAGACAUGUUUUUUAAAGCCAAUCUAUGUACUAAAUUGCUUCCAGGUAAUUUUUGAUUUCCUAAAGUGCACUGAGGUUAUCUGGAAGACAAGGGGUAAUUUGGGGACUGCUGCAGUCAGCAGUGAACACGUGCCCCUGUACAGCCACGGGUUAGGGGUUGGGGUCAGUUUUGUUUUCCCAUUCCUUAGUACAGAGCAGAAAUGAUAGAUUUUUUUGUUUUGUGGAGUAACAUUAGUGUGCAGCAGAGGAACGUAAAUAUUUGGUCUUGGUUCAGAAGCCUAACAGAUUACUAUACAGAAGGAAAAACUUGAAGAAAAAGGAAGCUACAUUUAAUGCUUCAUAGGUAGAAUUUAUAUUUAUAGCACCAAUGUACAUUUUGAAACUAACUUUCAGGUAUGGGAGUUAAAGCAGAAGAGAGAGGGGUGAGUAUGGAGGGGUAAAUGAAAGCUUUAAUUAAAAAAAAAGUUUGAGUAAAGGAUAUUAUUUUGAUUAAAUAUAUUUUAUUUGAUCUGGGUAUUUUUGGACCACAUUAUAAAUUAAUUGUUAAGCUGCAGUUGAGUCGUUCAAGUGAGAGUUUUGAUAAGCCAUGUAUGGACCGCAUUGUGAAUCACUUGCCAGUUGUACUUUAUGGAGCUUAUUUUAUGUUUAAAAUACUGUACUGUACAUAGGAGGUAUGUUACCUUCUCCUUAUUUGUAUGUUUACCAUAUACUUUGAUAUUUGAAAUGUUAUGUACUGGAAAGGCCACUUAUAUUUCUAGAACAGAUUGGAUUUUAUGCACCUUUUUUUCCUUGAAUUAACAGCAAUAAAAAAAAUGAAAAACA